GCUUCUGUCUUCACCAAGCAACACAUUCCCUCGCUCGCUCUCGCCUCAUAGUCCAACACUCCAAUUCCCGGCCAUCCUGCUAGCUCGACCGAUCGUGCCCAUGGACGGCGGCGGCGGCCACAGCCCGGACCUGCAGCCGGCGGAGCCGGUGCGGUCGCGGUGGACGCCCAAGCCGGAGCAGAUACUGAUCCUGGAGUCCAUCUUCAACAGCGGCAUGGUGAACCCGCCCAAGGACGAGACCGUCCGCAUCCGCAAGCUCCUCGAGCGCUUCGGCGCCGUCGGCGACGCCAACGUCUUCUACUGGUUCCAGAACCGCCGCUCCCGCUCCCGCCGCCGCCAGCGCCAGCUCCAGGCGCAGGCGCAGGCACAGGCACAGGCCCAGGCGCAGGCGUCCGCCGCAUCCUCUGGGUCGCCACCCGCGCCUGGCGGCCUCGGCUCGGCGGCCUCGUCCACGUCGCUGGGGCUGUUCGCGCACGGCGGCGCCGCGUACAGCUCGUCCUCCUCCUCGUCGUCCUGGCCGCCCUCGCCGCCGUCGGUGGGGAUGGUGGGGGACAUGGACCAGUGCGGAGGCGGCGACGACCUGUUCGCCAUCUCGCGGCAGAUGGGGUACGCGGACGGCGGCGGCGGCGGCGGCUCCGGGUCGUCGUUCUCUGCGGCCGCCGCGCAGCAGCAGCAGCAGCAGCUCUACUACUCGUGCCAACCAGCGGGCAUCACGGUGUUCAUCAACGGAGUGGCGACGGAGGUGCCACGGGGCCCCAUGGACCUGCGCUCCAUGUUCGGGCACGACGUGAUGCUCGUCCACUCCAGCGGCGGCCUCCUCCCCGUCGACGACUACGGCGUGCUCAUGCAGAGCUUGCAGAUGGGCGAGAGCUACUACCUGGUCGCGAGGUCAAAUUAAUCGAGCUGGCUGGUUGUUGAUUGGUGUGAAAUUUGAAACUGGUUCCUCCGAUCGUUGGAGACGGGCGCAUGCAUGGUGCAGGUUUCAGUUAAUCGAUCUCUCGAUGCAAACGGAAGCUUCUAAAAUUAGGACGUACGGAGUACUGUGCUGUGGAGUGGAACUGGCGAUCGCACGAUGGAUCGAGAGGCAAGCAGUCCAUCAACCGUGCAUGCAUGCCAUGCCUGUACGUACGUGCCUGGUCGACAUAGCAGCAGCUUAUAGAUAUAGCGGCAAUAUACACAUAUAGUGCACCAUGUGUCCGGUCCAAACAUAUAUCCACCUAUGUAAUCAACCAGUCAACCCAUAUGCAUGCAUACCACUGUCACUGUGAACAACAUUGGAACCGAUGAUAGUGUGUAGCGUAGUCCUAAAUUUUACCUUUGCCCGGCCGUCCGAGCCAUUCUUUUACCUUACAUAAUUCCUCUGUAUUUGCUUCGUCGAGAUCAAUGUAACGCCAGAUAAUACUACAGAGGAGAUGUGUGCUGUUUCUGCA